AUGACGAUGAGGAAGCUUGCAGCACUGGCAGCCAUGAGCGGCGUGUCCCUUGCGACCUGCUCCAACGACACCCGCACCCUCAACCUUGCUCCUGUCUACCACAACGGCACGGUCCAUGUUGAGCAUCUUUCCACCCCCGGAAACCUCGACGGCUUUCGCAUGCUCACUCCAGCGGCUCGCGGAUCCACCGAUUUUUGGUAUUUCGACGUCUUCUCCACGUCCACCAACGAGACGUUGAACAUCGUGUUUUUCAACUCGGGCGAAUUUCGUCAGUACGCCCAUCCGUUGGCCGUUCAGGUCUCCGGGACGUAUGCCAACGGCACCGAUUUCUACUAUGAAGCGCUGGCCGAUGCUGGCGUUACCCUUUCGAACGGUCCCGAUGGCAUCACCGGUGACUGGAAGGGUGUCGGCAGUUUCCACGGAUCGGCCCUCGACAAGCCCGACGUCGAGUAUACCAUCACUCUCGACUCUGCCGACAUGGACAUCAGUGGCACCAUCGUUUUCAAAUCGACCGCGCCUCCGCGCUACCCCUGCGACCUGAACGGCGCCAUCGGCGCGAACCAGAACCUGCUGCCCGGCCUGUACUGGGCCAACGCCGUACCCGACGCCGCGACCACCGUCGACCUCACCGUCAAGGACACAACCAUCCGGUUCGAAGACGGCGUCGGCUACCACGAUAAGAACUGGGGCAACCAAUCCAUCAUCGACGGACCUCGGUACUGGGAUUGGGGGCAUGCUCGCGUCGGCCCGUAUUCGGUCGUCUGGUACAACUUACUCGACUACCACGGCAACGAGAGCCGCAAGUCCUUUGUUUACAAAGACGGUGAAGUACAGCUUCUCAGCUGCUCUCUCGACAGUCUUGAAGUGCGCCAGAUGGGCGGCAAGGCGGCGUGGCCCCCGACCACCGGGCUGUUGGAGACGGAUGGCAUUACGGUCAACUACACGCUGGCUAGUGGCGAGGUUUUGUCACUGGAGGUUGCUACUGAGCUCAUCGUCCGCGAUGAGAGUGGAGCGUAUCAGCGCGCCAAUGGCCAUGUGAAGGGUGGUAUUGUGGGAGAGAAAACAUAUGAGGGCCGCGCUCACUACGAAGAGUUCAUUUUCGGCAUUGUCAAUGACUACACGCCCCAGGUCUGA